AUGAGUGACGACAAUGACCUAAGCAUGGGCGACGAGUCCGACGUCUAUGUCCCCGAGACUAAGAAACCAAAGGCCCGCCCGAAAAAGGCGGCCGCUAGCAAGCCGGCCAAGAAGAUGGUCCAGUCCACGCUGAAGGCCAAGGCCCCCCUCAAGAAGCGCACCGCCGAAGACGACAGCCAAGAUCUCGACGACGAGGCCUCUGGCUUCUCGAAUACGCCUCCGAGCUCGAAGAAGCAGAAGGUGGACCCUCCGCCCAAGAAGGCCAACGGCGUACCCCUGGCCGAGGUUGAGAAUGAUAGCCUGGUCCUCGAGGAGAUGCCCAAGGCGCCGUCCAAUACGAAGUCAGCCACCGACACCUAUCAGAAGUUGACACAGCUGCAGCACAUCAUCAAGCGUCCCGAUACGUAUAUCGGAUCCGUCGAGAGGACAGAGCAACAGAUGUGGACCUUCAACAAGGAGACGCAGCUCAUGGAGUACAAGAACGUCGCCUUUGUUCCCGGUUUCUACAAGAUCUUUGACGAGAUUCUUGUCAACGCUGCCGAUAACAAGCAGCGUAAUGCCUCCAUGACGCACAUGAAAGUCACCAUCGACAAGGAGUCAGGUGAAAUCAGCGUCGAGAACAACGGGAAGGGAAUUCCGAUCGUCAUGCACGAAAAGGAAAAAAUCUACAUUCCCGAGCUUAUUUUCGGUCAUUUGCUUGCUGGUUCCAACUUUGACGACGAGGAGCAGAAGACUGUCGGUGGUCGCAACGGUUUCGGUGCCAAGCUCUGCAACGUCUUCAGUACUGAAUUCACUCUUGAGUGCCAGGACUCAGAGAACGGGAAGAGGUACAAGCAGACCUGGACCGACAACAUGCAAAAGAUGGGCAAGGCCAAGGUCACGUCAAACAAGACGGCAGACUUUGUCAGGGUCACCUUCAAGCCCGACUAUAACCGAUUUGGUAUGCCUGAUGGCAUCGACGCCGACCUCGAGAGCCUCCUCUACCGACGAGUCUACGACAUGGCCGGAACCGUCCGCGGCGUCAAGGUCUACCUCAACGGUGAGCAGAUCAAGGUCAACAACUUCAAAGCAUACUGCAACCUGUACGCCAAAGCCAUCGCAAAGGAGAGGACCGAUGAGGAGGGCGGCGCCCCGACGUGCUCUGUUGAGAUGGAGGAUGACAAGGGGCACCCGCGAUGGGAAGUCGGCUUUACCGUUUCGGAUGGUACUUUCCAGCAGGUUUCCUUUGUCAACUCGAUUGCCACCACUUCGGGAGGCACCCAUGUCAACUACAUUGCCGACCAGAUGACAGCAGCGCUGCUCAAGGCCCUGAACAAGAGGCGCAAGGGCCACAGCUUGAAGCAGACCCAUCUUCGCAACCACAUCUUUGUCUUUGUCAACUGCCUCAUCACCAACCCGUCCUUCAACUCACAGACCAAGGAGCAAAUGACGACCAAGCCCAGCCAGUUUGGUAGUAAGUGCACCCUGAGUGAGAAGUUCCUCGCAAAGAUUGGCAAGUCUGAUGCCCUCGAGAACAUCAUGGACUUUGCCGAGAAGAAGGCCGACAAGAUGAUGGCCAAGAGCGAUGGCAGCAAGCGAUCCCGUGUCAGCAACGCCAAGCUUGUCGAGGCCAACUUGGCUGGUACGAGGCGCGGUCAUGAGUGUACUCUGAUCUUGACCGAAGGCGACUCCGCCAAGGGUCUGGCCGUGUCUGGACGUGCCAUCCUAGAUCCUGACCGCAUCGGUGUCUUCCCUUUGCGAGGAAAGCUCCUCAACGUCCGCGAUGCCUCGCUGGAUCAGAUCACGAAGAACCAGGAAAUCCAAAACAUCAAGCAAUUCCUGGGCCUGAAGCACAAGCAGACGUACACGGACACGAGGAACCUGCGCUACGGCCAUCUCAUGGUCAUGGCUGAUCAGGAUCACGAUGGAAGUCACAUCAAGGGUCUCCUCAUCAACUUCCUCCAAGUGCAGUUCCCCUCGCUGCUACAGAUACCCGAUUUCUUCCGGGAAUUCACCACGCCCAUCGUCAAGGUGUGGCAGGGUUCGGAUCCGAAGAAGCCCCAGAAGCUCAAGUCCUUCUUCACCCAACCAGAGUACGAGGAGUGGAAGGCAGAGCAUUCGAACGAGCUCACACGAUGGCAGAGCAGGUACUACAAGGGUCUAGGAACCAGUACCAACGAGGACGCACAGGUGUACUUUACACACCUCGACGACCACCUGAAGGAGUUUGAUGUCAUGAAGCCUGAGGAGGCUGACAUGUUUGAACUGGCUUUUUCCAAGAAGAAGGCUGACGCUCGUAAAGAGUGGCUCGGAAACUUCAUCCCAGGAACCUAUCUGGACCACUCCACCAAGUCCAUCACCUACAAUGACUUUGUCAACAAGGAACUUAUCCUCUUCAGCAUGGCUGACAACAUGCGAUCCAUCCCUUCCGUUAUCGACGGUCUCAAGCCUGGACAGCGCAAGGUCAUAUUCGCUUGCUUCAAGCGAAACCUGGUCAAGGACAAGAAGGUGGUCGAGUUGGCCGGUUACAUCUCCGAACAUACAGCCUACCACCACGGCGAGCAGUCACUUCAGCAGACCAUCAUUGGCCUGGCACAGAACUUUGUGGGGUCCAACAACGUCAACUGCCUCGAGCCCAGCGGCAACUUUGGCUCUCGUCUUGCCGGAGGUUCCGACGCCGCCAGCCCCCGUUACAUCUUCACUCGUCUGUCUCCCUUUGCGCGCAAGAUCUUCAGCCCCCUAGACGAGCCUAGUCUUACCUACCAGUACGAGGAAGGCAAGCGCAUUGAGCCCAAUGUGUACGCGCCCAUCUUGCCGAUGGUGCUCGUCAAUGGUGCCGAUGGUAUCGGUACAGGUUGGAGUACCAGCAUCCCCAACUAUCACCCAAUAGACAUCAUCGCCAAUCUGAGGCGCCGAAUGGGUCGCGACGAGGCUUCCGAAACCACCGAAGAGCAACCCUUCUCGACCAUGAUGCCGUGGUUCCGCGGUUGGAAGGGUGCACCUGAGGCGGCUGGCCCAGACCGGUACAAAUUCAACGGAAUUGCCUACCAGAAUGACCAGAACGCCAACGAGUUUGUUGUCACGGAGCUUCCCAUCCGCGUUUGGACCGACGACUUCAAGGCAAGACUCGAGAAGGUCAUCAGCGGCGCCGAUGGCCCGUCCUGGAUCAAGGAUUACAAGGAGUUCAACGACCACAAGACUGUUCAUUUCGAGAUCCAGGUCGACGAGAAGCACGUCCCCAAGAUUCUUGAGGAGGGCAUCCUGGAGCGCUUCAAGCUCCAGAAGCAGGUGGCCACGUCCAACCUGGUCGCCUUUGACACCAACGGCCAGAUUCGCAAGUACGACAAGGUUGAGGAUAUUCUCGAAGAGUACUAUGCUUACCGCCUCGACAUGUACUCAGAGCGCAAGAAAUAUUGGCUGGGUGUUUACCACUCCGAGUACCGAAAGCUCUCAAACCAGGCUCGUUUCAUCGAAGAGAUCAUCGACGGCGACCUUGUCGUUGGCAAGAAGAAGAAGGACGUCCUCGUCAAAGAGCUCCGCGAGCGCGAUUACGAGGCUUUUCCUCGUAGCGGCGAGACCGGCAAGAAGUCUACCGAGGACGAGAUCAACCGGGAAGAAGACGAAGGAGACGACGACGCAGACAAGACUGGUAGCGCGGGUGACUUUGACUAUCUCCUCUCGAUGCCCAUCUACUCGCUGACCCUUGAGCGCCUUGAGAAGCUCAGGCAGCAAAUUGGCAACAAGAAGGCUGAGCACGAGGACCUGCUCGCCCUCUCGGAAAAGGACCUCUGGUGCCGCGAUCUCGACGAGUUUGUCGACGAGUGGGAGAAGCAGAUGAAGCUUGAUGCAGAGAUCGAGACCAACAUCCGCCGCAUGGGUCGCCGGGCGUCCAAGAAGAUAGGGGCGGGCCGUUCGCGCAAAGCCAAGGACGACGAUGACUACGCGCCCGAGAAGAAGCCGCGGGCCAGGGCCAAGGCUGCUCCCAAGGCGGCAGCUGCCCCCGUCAAGGUCGAGACCAAGAGUGCCCAGAGAUUUGCCGAAAUGUUCAGCUCCGCUGCCAGCAAGGACCCCAAGCCCAAGGCCGAGCCGACCGACGAUGACCCCUUCUCAGACGAUGAUUUUGCAACGCUGGGCAGGGGCAAGUCGGCGUCACAACCGGUGGAACCGCCGGCGCCCUCGCGUAACAAGCGGGCGGCAGCCUCCAAGGCCAAGACCCUGUUCGAAGUCGACAGCGAUAGCGACGCGGACGAUAAGGAGCAGGUGAUGGACGAUAUUGACGACCUGGUCAAGGGCAUCGACAAGCCGGCCUCGGGUGAGGCAAGCGGCAGGCUCAGCCUCCACGCCAUGAGCCGACCCUCGGAGCCUAGCUCCGCCGGCCGGCCGAGGUCCAAGUCCAAGCCGUCGAGGCCGAUAGACGUAGACACGGACAGCCCCGACGAGACCAAUUACGAGCUGCUGGCCAAGUCUUCCCCCCAGAGGGUCCCCUCCACCAAGGGAGACGACCUGGGAGUCUUCUCGUCGGAGGAAGAGCCCCGUCCGGCCGUUUCUGCCAAGGCCAAGGGCAGGGCCGCAGCCACGGCGGCACCUGCUAAGAAGGUUGUCGCAGCUCGGCCCCGCGUGACGGCUGCAUCCAAGGCUAAGGCGGCCCCCGCAGUCAAGAAGUCAGUCCUGUCGCCUGCGGCCAAGGCGUACGCCACUAAGAAGGCUUCUGCUUCCAAGAAGUCGGCCGCGGAUUUCGCCAUCAGUGACGACGAUGAUGACGACGACGAACUGAUGGAGAAGCCUGCCGAGCCGGAAUCUCCGCCCCCUAAGCCGGCGACGCGCACUCGUCCUGGACGUGCGGCGGCGGCGAGGAGGCCCGUUAUCGUAGACGAAGACUCGAUGAGUGAUGAGGAGAGCGAGGAUCCAUUUGAGAUGGACGACGAUGAUGACUAG